CGCCGAGUCGCCGACCACUGCCUUGCUCUGUCACAAGCCCCCCAACUUCACUCCAAAAUAAAGAGAUAUAUGUAGAGACUAAAACCAAAAAUAAACAGAGGACUCAAGUCGAACAUCUCAUGGCCUUUCUUUUCCAGAAAUUUCAAGAGCUUAUUGAAUUUGCUUGCAAUUUACUUCUCUUUCGCUUUUGACUGGAACGCCUAAUUACACUCAGAAGAAGUUUGAUCGGAAGACUGCGUAUCACAAGCCCGAAUGUUAGUUAAUCUGCUUACAGGAUUUUGAAAUUGUAAUAUUCACGGGGCCUUUUCAGCUAAUUUAUCCGUCAUUUAAACCAGAGGUGGAAUCAUGAUUAAUAGUCUGCUUGUAAUGUAUGGUGCUCUAAUCCCAGGUGCAUUCACAUGAAUGCAGUCCAUGCUGACAUAUGGUUGCUUCUUUUUGUUGUCAUCCCUGUUUAAUUUCAUCUGGAACCAUGAAUAUCCAGCUAUAAUCGAGUAGGAAGGGAGACUGAUGAAACAGAUGUAAAGGAGAUCAUUGAUAUGUAAGGGCUCCCGCGUUGAUCAACAGAACAGGUUCAAGAAAAUAUCCAUUCUCAAAUUAGGACCUUCGGCACAUGGAUGGAUGAACAUUUUCUUCUUGGUCCAAAGAGCACAAAUGAAACUUCUGAAUCAAUUUCAGAAAAUAUUACUGUUAUUUUCUGUUCUUGCGUGCUGAAGCUGUGAUUUUGAAACUCUAUGGAGAAAAUGCUGAUGCUUAGAAGGCUGGGUUGUCACAUUACUGCAGCUUAUAGUUCUCCCCAGCUUUCAAUACUUGUUCGUACUAGUUCCGAAUUUUCUGGGGUUUCCAUUUUCCAAUUUCAGAGAUAUCAGAGUCAGAGGUCCAUCCAAUACUGCUCUGUUUACUGCUCGUCGUUAAACAAUCAAAACAGGGUUUUGGAAUGUCCACAUUGGUUCAAUAUACAAUCCUUUUCGACUAUAACCCAAUCGAUCCUGGUUCAGGCAAGGGAUAUAGGUGAACUAACCACGAAACUAGAAAAUGCUAUUGAAGAGCGGCGACUAAAUGAUGCAUGGAAGUUUCAUGAACAGCAUAUGCAAAUUGAAGGGUUCCCUAGAAAAUCUGUUGUGAAUAGGUUACUGGCAAGUUACGCUGAAAGCCUAAAUAUACAGUGGCUGGAGAAAGCUUAUGGACUAGUGGAACAGGCUUUUGAGGAUGGAAAACAGACCUUGUUUGAGAAGGAGACUCUAAUUUAUCUUGCUUUUGGUCUUGCAAAAUGCAGAUUAGCAGUUCCUGCCUCAACUGUUCUGAGGAAGCUGGUAGAAAUGGAGCAUUUUCCCCCUGUAACUGCUUGGUCUGCUAUCUUGGCUCACAUGUCACAAACUGCUCCUGGAGCUUACCUUGCUGCUGAGUUGGUUCUUGAGAUUGGUUACUUGUUUCAAGAUGGUCGGGUGGAUCCACGUAAAAAGAGCAAUGCUCCUUUGAUUGCUAUGAAGCCUAACAUAACAACAUUCAACAUCACUUUAGCUGGUUGUCUUCUGUUCAAUACUAGUAGGAAAGCAGAGCAGCUUCUUGACUUGAUGCCCCGUAUUGGUCUCAAAGCUGAUGCCACUUUGUUGAUCAUAAUGGCCCACAUUUAUGAAAGAAAUGGAAGAAUAGAAGAGCUCAAGAAGCUUAAGAGGCACAUAGAUGAAGCCCACAAUCUAAGUGAUGUUCAGUUUCGGCAGUUCUAUAAUUGUUUGCUUUCUUGCCAUUUGAAAAUUGGGGAACUAGAUUCUGCGUCAGAUAUGGUCGUGGAAAUGCUCCAAAAGGCAAGGGAGGCACGAAAUUCUCUUGCUUCUGCUACACUCAUUUUUGAAGCUGGUGGAAGUGGCUGUGCAUACCCUUCUGAACAGGUCUCUGGACAAGUUUUCAGCCAUGAAAGACCCAGUGAAAUAAAGGAUGGUACAUUAAGUCAAUGCCAUGUCAUAUCUUUUGAAGAUUUCUCCAGAGACAAGCAUUUUUUAAAGUUUGAUGCCAUGGCAAAAGAAAUACUCGGUAUUCUACUAACAAAUUUGCAGAGGCAAGUGGAAUUGAUCACAACUGAACAUGGUAUCCUGCAACCAACUGAGAGGAUUUUUGUGAAAUUAGCCAAGGCAUUAUUGGAAGCUGGCAAAACAAGGGAUCUGGCUGAGUUUUUAAUUAAGGCUGAGAAAGAGGAGUCCCCUGUUUCUAGUGAUGAUACAGUUUUGGUUCAUGUCAUUAAUUCAUGCAUUUCACUUGGAUGGUUAGACCAUGCCCAUGACAUUCUUGAUGAAAUGCGUUUUGCUGGUGUCAAAACUGGAUCAUCUGUGUAUACCUCCCUCCUAAAAGCAUAUUGUAAAGCAAAUCGAGCAGGUGAGGUGUCGUCACUUCUUCGAGAUGCUCGUAAGGCCGGGAUCCAGUUAGAUUCAAGCUGUUAUGAGGUACUGAUUCAAUCCCGGGUACUUCAGAAAGAUACCCAGGGGGCCCUCAAUUUGUUCAAGGAGAUGAACGAAGCUAGAAUACCAAGAGCUGCUCAUAAAAAAUAUGAUAUCUUGGUAAAGGGUUGUGCAGAGGGGGGUGAAGCAGGCUUGAUGGCAAAGCUCUUGCAGGAAAUUAAGGACGGACAAAGAAUUGAUUAUGGAGUUCAUGAUUGGAAUAAUGUCAUCCAUUUUUUCUGCAAGAAGAGAUUGAUGCAAGAUGCUGAGAAGGCUCUUAAGAAAAUGAGGAGCUUGGGACACGUUCCAAAUGCUCAAACUUUCCAUUCUAUGGUCACUGGAUUUGCUGCUAUAGGGGGCAAAUAUACAGAAGUCACGGAACUCUGGGGUGAGAUGAAAGUUCUUGCUUCUUCAACUUCAAUGAAGUUCGAUCAGGAACUGUUAGAUUCUGUACUUUACACCUUUGUGAGAGGUGGAUUCUUUACUAGAGCAAAUGAAGUUGUGGAGAUGAUGGAGAGAGGGAACAUGUUUAUUGACAAGUAUAAGUACCGGACUCUCUUCCUGAAAUACCACAAGACCCUCUAUAAGGGCAAGGCUCCAAAGUUCCAGACAGAAGCUCAAUUGAAAAAGAGAGAAGCUGCCUUGACCUUCAAGAAAUGGGUAGGCUUAUGUUGAAGAAGAUGAUAAGCGCCAAGAUAAAUGUGAGACUGGGAUUAUUAAGUGCGUCAUUCACCCUCAAAAUUAUUUAACUGUUGAGAGCAAAAAUCUCGUGAGAAGCAUUCCCUUUAGUUCUCUGUUUGUUCUAAUAUUGUUCAGUUUAGCAUUUGAUGUAGUGUUGAAAAUCUUUAUGAAAUUGAUGUGCUGUUGGUCUCAGUUGACAUGCAUAGAAAUGUAUAUUUAGAUGUUUUAUUACAUGAGUAUAAAGUUAUAAACAUGUGUUGUGCUGUUGUCAAGCAUCAAA